AUGGCGUCAUCGCCAGCGACGAGGGUUCAAUGGCUCGGACAAAAGCCGUCGAGAAACCCUGGGGUCACAUUUGCCGUACCUUGGAAAGCUGGAGCAUGCGGCAAGGGGAAUACCGCUUUUUCGUGUGUCACGGAAGAAGGAAAAGAUGUACCGCUGCAGACAUGGCCUACCGCCUACUGGCCUGAUGGAUCGAUCAAGUGGACCAGCCAUGCCAUUCCGUCGGCGACUCGGGCAGAGAGCAGCUAUUUUAUCAGAGCCGGUGGUGAGAAGACAACGACCGCCAAUGCCAGUUCGAUCGGAGUCCAAGAGGAUACUGAAACCAUUAAGGUAUCAACUGGAAAGAUCGAUGUCGUCUUUUCAAAAGCCGGUAAUAAAAUUAUCCAGGCCAUUAUCAACAACAAGGGCAGUACUGUAGGCACAGACGGCGUUCUUGUACUCCUUUCGCAGACCGGGAUCUCUGAUCCCGAUGAACCAAGCCCUUCUAUCCAAUACCACCAGUUUGUGGGUGAUGUUGAAAGAGUCUUAGUUGAGCAGGCUGGGCCUGUUCGUGCUGUGGUCGUUGUGAGUGGUGUCCAUACCCACGUCCCCCAGGACGUAAGCUUAAAGGUGCCGCUACAUCGUGCCUGGCUUCCUUUCAAACUUAGGUUCUACCUAUAUGCUGGAUCAGAACAUGUCAAGAUUGUCCAUACCAUAACAUAUGACGGGGAUAAUGACGACUUUGUCCGUGGCAUUGGGUUUCGUAUCACACUGCCAUUGGCAGAGGAGGCGCCGUUCGACCGCCACAUACGCUUUGCUGGGGCUUCGGGAGGAGUUCUCGGUGAAAGUGCGCAAGGCGUGACGGGACUUUGGAAAGACCCUGGACAAGAGGUUAGACUUGCUCAAGUGCAAGGUCGUUCGCUUGGUAGCCCGGAAACGUGGAAUACGGAGUUGCAGCAAGCUAAUCUUCGUUGGGUGCCUGUAUGGAACGAUUAUAGUUUACACCAACUUUCACCUGACGGCUUCACCCUUGAAAAACGGCUUAAAGAAGGCCACCCUUGGAUCAAAACAGCCAGCGGAACAAAGGCAGGCGGUGUCGCCUACGUCGGUGGUGCAAACCAGGGCGGCAUCGCUCUUGGAUCAAGGUACUUCUGGGAGCGAUACCCUACUGGCGUCGAUAUUCGCGGCCUUGAAUCCGCCACUGAGGGAACUGAUUUGACGCUCUGGCUGUACGAUGCAAAGGCUGGCCCGAUGGACCUACGUCCUUACCACGAUGGUCUUGGGCAGGAGAGCUUUGACGACCAGCUCGACGCUCUAAAAGUCACAUACGAAGACUGGGAGCCACAACUAGGAUCACCGUACGGAGUAUCCCGUACAAACGAGUUGUUUAUUUACGUUACAGAGUCGACACCCAAGGCGGAAACCCUCUCAGACUUAGUUGGGCACAUUCGAGAUCCUCCGAAAUUGAUGUCCUGCCCCGAAAGCAUUCACGAAAGUGGAGUUUUUGGAACUUACUGGUCUCCAAGAUCCCAACUCCAAUCUGCGCAAUUAGGAGAUGUUGAUGACCAUCUAGAUUUCCUCUUCAACUUCUAUAAAAGACAAGUAGAGCAGAGAAGAUGGUACGGCUUUUGGGAUCAUGGUGACAUCAUGCACACGUUUGACUCAGACCGGCAUACCUGGCGUUAUGAUGUCGGGGGAUAUGCAUGGGAUAACUCAGAGUUGUCACCAGACCUUUGGUUAUGGCUGUUUUUCCUCCGAACUGGACGCUCGGAAGUCUUCCAAAUGGCCGAGGCACUUACCCGGCACACAGGGGAGGUUGACGUGUAUCACCUAGGGUUAUACAAAGGUCUCGGAACCCGACAUGGUGUGCAGCACUGGAGUGACAGCUGCAAGCAAGCUCGAAUUUCCAACGCUUUAUAUCGCCGUUAUUUCUUUUACCUCUCAGGGGGUGAUGAGCGUAUUGCGGAGCUUCUAGAAGAGACGCUGGAAGUAGGUCAAAAGUUCCUCGCGUUGGACCCCUAUCGGAAGGUUCGCAGAGACCGGGAAACCUACAAGCCAGACCCUCGAGCUGUUGAGAUCAGUCUCGGCACUGACUGGGCGGCACUUGCAUCGUCUUGGCUCAUUGAAUAUGAGCGUCGCGGAUCACGAUGGAUCGAGGCAAAGGAAAAACUUUUCAACUCAAUCGAAGGAAUUGGGGCGCUUGCCAACGGCUUCGUGACAGGCAAUGUGACUUACGAUCCAUCAACUGGACGCAUCACGCCCCCCAGAACUGAUACCGAAAACAAAGGUAUUGUGAAGGUUUCACACCUCUCGGCCAUGUUUGGGCUCUUUGAGGUUGCUGCUGAAAUAUUACAAUCAUUUCCCCAAAAAGCGACGGCAUCUGGUUUUCGGGCGGCUUGGCUUGAUUAUUGCAUGUAUUUCAAUGCGGUAAAGGAGGAGCAAGAGGCUCGGUAUGGCCAACCCGGAUGGGGAAGACUUCAACUUCGCCAGGGUCACUCACGCCUGACCGCUUUUGCAGCAAACGAGUUGAAGAGACCUGAUUUGGUUCGGCGCGCCGUUGAAGAGUUCAAAAAUGGUGACGGUUUUCGUGACUUUGGCCCUGAGUCACCAUGGCAAAGUACAGAGGUGGAUAAGUUGCACGUUCUGGAGCCUACUGACGAGGCUCCUUGGAUAUCGACAAAUAUAGCUGCACUUUACGGUCUAGCUGGUAUUCAGAAUCUUGCCCUUCUUAGCGGGACGGGCGCGGAAACAGGCAAUUGA